CGCGUCUCGAGAGCGAAACGUUUAACCUAGAAAUCUAAAAUUUCACUAAGUUCCUGGACAAAAUUUUGGCCCGAUCUGAGAUAUCACCCGCUAAGCCAGAUCGUGGAAUUUUGGUUUCGGCCCAUGCUUAAAUAUGAACUUUUCGUGUUAUUUUUUAGGUAUCUAGUUUAUGCCUACGAAAAAUUAGGAUUCAAGGAAUUACGGUAUCUUAGGUUUAUCUCUGGGUAUAUAUGAGUAUCCGCAAUUCCGUGCACACUCUCUAGACGGUGGCGCCUCAGAGCUGGUGCCCCUGUCCCUGGUGACUUGCUCGGUAAUGCAGGAACCUGCGCUUGCGCUGUGUGUUGCUUCGGUAGCGUUCUCUGUCUGUCAGUGAGUCAGUGUCGAUUGUCGUUACGUGUUGUCGCCAUUUUCUGCAGUCGUGACGAAAUCGUUGAUAAAGUAGUGCUUGGUCCCUGCGUCUCUGUUAAAAUAGGUACCUAAUUUACCGUCGUGACGUGCAUCUGUUCCUCGAAGUCGGCAUGAAAACCUACAGCAGGAAGAAAUCUGAAGGAGAUGAAGAAAUCAUAGACCUCAACGAUAUUUGUAGGCUUUGUAUGGGAAAGGAGGAUGAAUUGAUACCCAUUUUUAGUAGUGAGGAUUCUAUACCACUGACUCUGAGAAUCAUGGCCUGUGUUGCACUAGAAGUAGGUUUUACAAUCAUUUAUACAGCAGGGUACAGAUUGGUUAGACUAUUUUUCUUGAUACCCUACACAAUGUUGGAAUUUUACACGGUUUUUGAAGGAGAUGGUCUUCCAGACAAAAUAUGCAAUCCUUGCAAAUUCCAGUUGGAAAAAUCUUACAAUUUUCGCAAAAAAUGUGAGCAGUCUGACAUGAAGCUUAGAGUGCACUUAAAGGAAUUGAGAGAAUCCAGUUGUGAAGAAGAGGAACUGAUGGACACUCGAGAAAACUCUGAGGAACAAGAAAAACUUGACAAAGAUGAAGUUGAACCUAGUACUGAAGAAGAUUUAGUUGGAGUCACUAAAGUAACUUAUAUCCAGACAGAUCAGGAGCAGGAAAAUGUACAACCUGAAAGUAUAACCUUGCCACUUGAGCAAGAUGAAACUAUCAAAGAGGCCUGUACACUGAAAGAUAGCUCAAAUGUUAAGACUGAGGAAGAUUUUGAAACAGAAGAACAUACAUUUGUAAUUAAUGAAAGUCAGAGUGUUCUCAAUGAAGAUAUGAAUGCCAUAGCUGAUGCUGUUAAAGCUACUCUAGCUGCACAAACUGAUAUCAGCCUUGCAGGACAAUUGCAAAUGAAAAUAAAUCCAUCCACUGGAAAGUCCACUCAAGUAGAAGUCACACUCCAAGACGGUUCAGUAAUUCUUAUGGAACUUGUUACUGAGGAUGAGGAUGGCAAAGCCAAGGAAGGAAGCAGCAUCGAAGCAGAAGUAGAUGAAGAGGGAGAGAUGAAAAUCUUCCAGUGUCCUCAUUGCCCCAAAUCUUUUUCCAGAAAGAUACAGUUGAGGAGGCAUGCGUCAGUCCAUAUGCAGCAAAGAGGAUUUAGUUGCGGCAUUUGUGAAAAGUGGUUCCCUACUCGAUCAGCUCUGCUACGACAUGAGCGAAUACAUACAGGCGAACGACCGUUCCAAUGCGAAGUAUGCCAGAAAAGUUUCGCUCAAAAAGAAAUCCUCUUCAGGCACCUUAUAACUCAUACUGGACAGAGGCCCUAUUCUUGUCCGCAUUGUGGCAAAGGAUUUUCACAAAAGGAACCUCUCAGGGUUCAUAUGAGGACACAUUCAUCUAUAGGAUCAGAAGAUAUCCAGCUGCACUACUGCUCUGUUUGUCCAAAGGUAUUUUGUCAUGCCUCAGGGCUCAGCAGGCAUUUGGUAACACACACUGGCAAGCAAUUCAAGUGUAGACAUUGUGAGAAGCAAUUUACAGACAAAAGUUCGCUGAGGAGGCAUGGUUUGCAAACCAACCAUUUGUAAAAGUUUUGACAGAUAAAUAAAAUAUUAUUAAGACUGCAUAUUAUAUUUGUAAAUUAUAUUCUUUAAUUUCAUGUAUUGUUUUAUUAUGAAAAAAUGAGCAUGAGAUACAAGAUCUGUCCAUCUGCCACACUAAUAUGGUCAUAGCUACACAACUUCAGCAAAAAAAAUAUAUUUUUGGGUUCUUCAUGCAAUACAUGUGUAUAGUACAAAAUUACAAUAUCACAGAGAAGGUGGAUAAACAUCAUCCUUCACCAGUGGCGUAGCUUGCUUGUCUGAGGCCCCAUCUCAAAAUGUGUAGGAGGGCGCCACUCGAACUGCGGAGAAUCCGAAAUGGAUGAUAAAAUUUAAAGUGAAGAUUUUGUGAAUAUUAGAAAUCAAGGUAUUUAUUUUUUUGUUUUGCAAUGUCUACAACUCGUAAAUCUAUG